ACUUCACAGUCAGACGCAGACUCAGACGGGUUACACGGCUGAACUGAAGCGCGAACAUGGUACAGGUAAACGCAAUCAGAUAACACACCGAUGACAGGAGACCUGCGAGAAAAACACCUGGAACUCCAAACAAAACCAACAGGAGCAGAUCCUCACUAUUUAUAUUCAAUAAGAGAAGUAAUUUACGCUAACGUGGACUUCAAAAGCGCGGUCCGACCCAGAAAGCAGCGUUGCAGCUCCAGCAGUAAUUUAGUCGCCACAGUGGAUCUGUCCUUCAUCUCUGAUUUGGCGAAGGUUUUACACCAGAUGCCCUUCCUGACGGAACCCUCCCCGAUCUACCCAGGCUUGAAACCAGCGCCGUGCUGUUGAAGAAGCGCUUGGCCUCCUCCCAGUCCUGCUCCUCUCCAUCUCCACCGGGGACUGAAGGCUUCUGCUCCACUUCACUCAUCUUACUGAGAACCUCAACACAGACUCACUCACUCUUCACUCCUUUACUUACUCCCUCACUCACUCUUCACUCCCUCACUCCUUUACUUACUCCCUCACUCACUCUUCACUCCCUCACUCCCCUAAACACAGCCACAGACUCACUCACUCACUCACUCUUCCCUGAGAGGGGGGGCGGGGCGGGGGUUUCGAAACGAAACUAACGGGCUCAUGGCGAAUCUGCGGCUCUGAACCCGAAGUCCAGCCUCUUCCGGUUACACGCAGGCUUUAAAGCUGCACUGAGUCACGCUUUAAUAAUUAUAAUAUACACUCAAAGUCCACUUUAUUAGGAACACCUACACACGUACCCAUGCUGCUCUCUAAUCAGCCAAUCAGAGGACAGCAGCAGCAGCAGCAGCAGUCAUACAGAUGCAGAUACAGAUGCAGGUCAGGAGCUUCAGGUAAAGUUCACAUCAACAUCAGAAUGAAGAAGAAACCUGAUCUCUGUGACUGUCACCCUGACACAGGAGUUGGAUUUUCACACACCGUCUCUAGAGUUCACACAGAUUAUUGUGAAAAACAAACACGUCCUGUGAGCAGAGGAUCUGCAGACUGAAACACCUUGUUGAAGAAACAUCAGAGGAGAACCAUCAGACAGAUCUGAGCUGACCAGAAGAGUCUCAAAGCAUCUCAGAACACACAGCACAUCAAACCUGGAGGAGGAUGAGCUACAGCAGGAGCUUGGUCUUCUUCUCGUCCUCAUCUGUCCGGUGUGGGUGAGUCUAAGCCCACGAGAGCCUCACAUUCCUGUCCAUGGCUGAGAGAAGAGGAACCUGAUGUGGUCUCCUGCUGCUGUAGCUCCUCCACCUCAAGGUGAACAUUACCUGAAGCUCUUGUCCUGAUUCUGCAACAUGAGAGGCUGAUUAGAUAACUGUAUGAACAAGCAGGUGUUCCUAAUAAAGUGACUGGAGAGUGUAUUAUUAAUAUUAUAUCAUAAAUACUAUAUGCUAAAAUCCUUGUUGUUGUUGUUGUACUCUCCAGGACACCAGGAUUCUCUGCUUCAUCCCACAGGAGCGCAGUUUACACAGGAAACCCUUCAGUCAGGACAUUUAAAUCAUCAGCUGUGGGAAGUGUGUGUUUACUAGAAGUAAAUUGAGAAAACUUUCACUUCUUCACUUCACUUAUUACAAAUUUAACAAGUGUGUGUGUGUAUGGUCUCUGUAAGGAGUCUCCAGUGUGAGCGCUGUGUAUCAGUCAGAGGUGAAGCUGGAACUGCAAGUUUUCUGACGUCUUCAGGACACAGGAGUUUACACUUCUCUACAAUUUCUCAGGAGCACAAUGGAACAAACUGUGAUUAUUUUCUCUUAUUAACUCUAAGAGAGAGAUAAUAAAGAGAGGCUGGUGAGGAAACGUGUGUUUAUAGCUGCUAUAACAUCCGUGACAACAGGAAGUAAGAUGUUUCACUGACAUUAAACAUAGCUAUAAAUGGACUAAAAGUAUGACGUUAUUUACCAGUAAAUAAAAAUUGUACAGUGUUCAUUUGUCAUGUCAUCACUGGUUUGGGCCAGCAACACUUGUGACAGAAAGUAAAGUGGGCGGAGUUUCAGCGUGCGCACUUCCACAGACUGGAGAUGAAUUAUAAAUGUCUGAUCCAGUUUCACAGACAAAAACAUGCAUCAUUAUUAAUUCACAUUGUGAGAUGGAGUUUCAACAGGAGGGGUGUGUGUGUGUGUGUGUGUGUGUGUGUGUGUGUGUGAACUGCUUGCAAGGUUUCCUGCUUAACCACUAACAUUUAAAUAAGCAUGCCCCACUUUCUCCUUCGAUCUUACACACACACACACACACACACACACACACACACAGAGUGUCUUUCUUUAGCUAACAGUCUUGUUGUUAGCAUUAUAGUCAUAUUAAAAGGACCUCAUGCUCAUGCUUCCAAAUGCUAUAUUCUGAGAACCAUAUUCCCAAUCCCAUAUUCCCAAUCCCAUAUUCCCAGUGCUCUAGUUCCGGUGCCCUUUGCUGUAUUUACUCAGAACCCUAAUUGUCCAAGCUCCAGACCUUUGGUGACCCCAAACAUGACCUUAUGAACCCUUUUAUAUAGACAUUAGCACGUUAACCUGAUUAUCAUGGUUUAGAACAGGAUAGUUGUAGAGAAUGGUGCUAUUUUGUGUGUGUGCAUGCGUGCAUGGAGUAUAGAACAGUGUCGGGUUAAACAUGAAUUAUUAAAACACAGAGAGAGAGAGAACAGGGACUAGUGAGUUCCACACUCACCUGUACAACCAGGUAAACCUUCGAGUGUUUUACAGCUCAAACAUUCAGGACAGGAAAUAAAGACAGGAAGUAAACCCAUCUUUCUGAGGACGGAGACGAGUACAGUGCUGUUUGUGCGGGACACAACUGAUGUAUCUGGAUGUGUUUAUAAUGCAGAGGCUCUGAGGACCCUAACAUGAGGUGAAGAAGGAGACACAUAGAGAAACACUGAGUCAAUGGCAUUCUUCAAAAGUUUCCAGGAGAGCCUGUCCUCUGUGUCCGUCUCUUCCAUCCUGGACUCGGUGUCCAGCACUGUGUCAAACACAGUGGACGGAGUGAAGACAGCAGUGAACGAUGUGACGUACACGGUGAGUGACCAGCUUACAGAGCAGGUCAGCACCAUCAUCAACAAGAAGCAGAGUGAGGAUGAAGACAAAGGGAAAAGGGAAGAGGGUGAGGGGUCCUCCGAAAAGGACUCAGACAGGAACUCAAAAAGACAUGCUUAUGCAGAUGAGGAAGAGGAGCGACGGGAGAGAGAGAAGCAGGAGCAGGAGCGGAAGAAUGAGGAGGAGCAGUGGGAGUGGUGUUACACUUCAUCAAAAGGCUGGUACCGCAAACGCAGAGACCCAAACCAGAAAGACACCAGUUCAGAGAGACAGGCAGAGAGACCAGAGAAUAAAGAGGAGGGGACAGCAGUGAGUGGACAGCUGUCCUCCUCUAACGGAGACAUGAACUUACAGGAAGUGGCAGCUGAAAGGAUGGAGAAUAAUGAAGGAGGACAGGAGGACACCAUCUCCAAGACCAGUGCCGAGACAGUGUACUGUGAGGACACUGGGACAGAACAAAGUCCAAACUUCAACAAUGACCAGACAAACAGGCAUGCCAGAGACGGACAUGCCAGAGAUGGGCAUCCCCAAAAUGGACAUGCCCAAAACACAGGCGAGACUCAACCAGAUGAGAGGAGAAACUCCACAUCUAAUAAACCCAAACAGAAUACUGGGGGUGGAGCUGAUGGGGGUGGAGCUGUAGAGAGUAUUGGUGUAGAGAGGCAGUUACCUGAGGAUGGGGACAGUGAAGAAGGCAGCAGCAGGUCGAGAGGCUCGAGUGUCCUGAAGGACCAGCGGGAUGAGGAUGAAGUCAUGGGGUCACAGGGUCAUUCAGAUGUCGAUGAGGUCAGCGGGGACGGGAAGGAUACAGAGCGCUCCUUUAAUAAAAACCGCGUCCGCCGCUGUACUCUCCUCUGAGGCUCCGCCCACUGACCAGCCUGUCCACUCAGGGACAAUCCAAUCAGGGACACCCUCCCUCAAAGAUGGAGAACAAAUUCAUGUGUGGUGACUAGAGGAUCAAACCAACAUCAUCAUGACAUCAUUAUUACAUCAUCACAUCACUGUGACCGUUCUGAUGGAUUUUACAUUAUGAAUAGAAAAAAGUCACAUCAAAACAGUGUCUGUCAAAAUGUCCACCAUGCUCCUGCUCUGUCAUCAUCAAAACAGAGAAGAGACACGCUGUGGACAAAUUACAGAGCUUUAAACCGGUUCAGUGAGCAGAUAAAGAGUCUGAAAAGAGAGGAAGAGGACAGGCGUGAGAGAAUGAAUCAGAGGUGAUUUCCUCACAGGUGUGAGCAUGAACAGAGAGCAGCGGGGUGAAGAGACGACAAUGAGGUGUGUGUUUAAACGCCGCCAGUGACUUUUACCUCAGCUGAUGAGACACAGACUGUCUCAUGUAGAGAACAUAUGUAGAGGUUAUGAAUGCAGAUGUUAUGAAAAUAGAGGUUAUAAAUGUAGAGAGUGUCGAUGUAGAAGUUAUAAACGUAUAAGUGAUGAAUGUAGAGGUUAUAAAUGUAAAUGUUAGAAAUGUAAAGGCUAUAAACAGAGACAUGAUAAAUGUAGAGGUUUUGAACAAAGAGGUUAUUAAUGUAGACGUUAUAAAUGGAGAAGUUAUGAUGGGAGAGGUUAUGAAUGUAAAGGUAAGCAUUGUGUUUCAGUGGAAC